AUGGCACUGUACGAGCUCCUGAAAGCGAACAUGCCUGCCAGCAUUGUCCAGUGGACGACGCCGAUUCAGGCAUGGGUUCCUGGUGUCACGCCGAUGUCGACGCUUCCGUCGGUUUUCAUCACAUCGGCUGCCUACCUGGUUGUUGUGCUGGGUGGACAGGAGAUUAUGCGCUUUUUCCCUGCUGUGCCGGCCAAGUACGUCAAGAUUCCGUUCUUCAUCCACAACUUGUUGCUGUCUCUGGGUAGUCUGGUUCUUCUGUUGCUCUACCUGGAGCGCCAAUUUUUGCUGAUCCGCCAGUACGACCUGCAUGACUCCAUUUGCCGCGCCAAUCUCUUUGAACAAUCAGUAAUGUUCCACAUUAUCAACUACUAUUUCAAGUACUGGGAGUUUGUCGACACUUUCUUCCUUGUGAUCAAGAAGAAGAACUUGAUGUUCCUGCACGUGUACCACCACAUGGCCACGGCGAUGCUUUGUUACUCGCAAAUUGUCAAUCGCACAACGCUCUCGUGGGUGAUCAUCUGCCUGAACCUUGCUGUGCACGUCAUUAUGUACAGCUACUACGCGUUUGCCAGCAUCGGUAUUCGUUGCCCGUGGAAGAAGUGGAUCACUACCGGCCAAAUUCUCCAGUUUGUGAUCGACGUGGCCGUGUGUGUUUAUGGCAUUUACCACCACUACGCCCCCCAGGCCAAGAUCAACUUGCCUUACGUGCGCUACUGCCAUGGCGAGCCUGCUGCAGCUUUCUCGGGUCUCGCGAUCCUGGUCAGCUACCUGUUCCUCUUUAUUUUGUUCUACAAGAAGACAUACAAGAAGCCGGCCAAGGCCAGUGUUAGUGCCAAGAAGAUGCAGUAA